AUGUCGCCGUUUCCGGAUGAGAUUCUAGCAAACAUUCUUUUCCGAUUGCCUGUUAAGUGUCUUCUCCGUUCAAGGUGUGUAUCUAAAUCCUGGCUUGCCCUAAUCAGUAGUUCCUAUUUUGUUAAAUUGCAUCUGAACCGAUCAGUCCAAACCAAGAGCAACCUCGGCCUCCUCCUGUGGAAAGGCAAUUCCUAUAGGGUGAACAAUGAUUCCCUCGACAACGGCGUUCUUCAACCUAUAGAGGUUGAUAACCAUCCCUUGAGGUGUUAUAAGAAUUAUGGGACCCUUUGGGGAUCCUGUGAUGGCUUGUUCUGCAUGUCGAAUGACAUUGGAAAUGUCAUUUUAUGGAAUUCAUCAACCAAAAAGUAUAUAAACUUGCCUUCCACACCAAUUAAGAUUACCAUUUGUGGUAGUGAGAAGAAAGCCUUUAGAAAUACUUUACUAGAGCGAGUUUAUCGAUUUGGUUAUGAUAACAUCAAUGGCGAUUAUAAGGUAGUCUCAGUGGUGAUUGCAAAAGAUGCUAGAGGAGGAGACGCCUGUUUUGAGGAGAUGCUAGGUAGUUUGAAAUCUAAUUCCUGGCGUAAGUCAGAGAAUUGUCUUCACUGUCCGGACUUGAUAAGUACCGGAGAUUCAAUAGCAGGGGGAGCUAUGCCUCUGAUUUUAGGACAGAGAAAUAUAGAUUAA